AUGGCUUCGAAGAGGAUUUUGAAAGAGCUUAAGGAUUUGCAGAAGGAUCCUCCUUCUAACUGCAGCGCAGGUCCUGUGGCUGAGGACAUGUUCCAUUGGCGAGCAACUAUCAUGGGACCUCCUGAUAGUCCUUAUGCUGGAGGAGUAUUCUUGGUGUCUUUUAAGACAAGGGUAUACCACCCAAACAUCAACAGCAACGGAAGCAUUUGCCUUGAUAUCCUAAAAGAACAGUGGAGUCCUGCUCUUACCAUAUCCAAGGUUUUGUUGUCGAUCUGCUCACUGUUGACAGACCCGAACCCAGAUGAUCCUCUAGUGCCGGAGAUAGCUCACAUGUACAAGACGGAUAAAUCCAAGUACGAGUCAACUGCACGAAGCUGGACACAGAAGUACGCCAUGGGAUGAUAAUAAGAAAGACUCGAGAGAAGUUAAUGUUAUUUUGCAUCCAAAAUAUUUUAAAACUUUUAAGAAGAAAAUGCAUGCGUUGGAUUUGGUAAAACGCUAUUAUGUUAUCUUAGAUGCUUUUACUCCUCUGCUUUGAUCAUUAUUCAGCUAUUUACUGAAUUUACCACAAUUUGAGAU